AUGGUAUGAUUAUUUCGUGAAAUGACGAUAAACUUAUCACAAAAAAUGCUGAUGUAGCGGAAAAUAAAAGUAAUCAGAAUACAAGUCAAACACAAAUUGUGAGUCCUUUUUUGUUUCUAAAUGGCUGAUAAAAGAAGGCCAUUGGGCUAUCCGAGUUGGAACAAAGAGUAUUGGAAGCGGAAGGCAGGGCGGAGGAAGCCGAAGAUAAGGUCCGAAUAAUGGAACAGAAGUUGGCAUGGUCGGCUCAAACUGACAGCGGCGGAAACUCGCAAAUCAAUCGGCUCGAAGGCGAAGUCGAAGAACAACGUCAGCUCCGACUGCAAGACGCCCGUCAAGUGGAAGCGAAAGCUGCGCGGAUCAAGGAAUGGGUGACGAAUAAGCUGCGCGAGCUGGAACAACAAAAUCAGCACCUGCGCGAGCAAAACAUCAAAUGCAAUCAGCAGCUGGAGCUUUUGCGCAACCAUUUGGCUUUGUCUGAUCGGAGACGGUCGGAAAGUGGUUCGCCCGAACCAAGACAGCUGCCAUUGUCAGCCGCUUCGACUUAUAGCAGUUCCAAACAUCGUAGGCAUCAGUCAGUGUGUCUUACGUCUACAAAUACAAAUUUUGAACCGGUGGUUCCUAGCACUUUGGUUACUAGUGUUAAUUUUGGUACUACCAGUAAUUCGAGUAUGGAUCCAUUAACUGAUGAACUCCGAGCUGCAGUAGACAAUCUCAGUAUUGGACGAAUACCGAGUAGUAGUGCCAGUGAUCCAGACUUGGCGCACGAUUAUGCCGAAAUCUAUACUCCUAGUAGGGAAAAAGUUGCUUGGCCAAGAGCCCCUACACCGCCUCUACAUAGAUUUCCUAGCUGGGAAGAUCGAAUAUAUCAGGUCGCAGCUGAUGGAUUAACAUUAACCGGAACUACUCCAAGUGAUAUAGGUCCAGAACAGGCCGGCUACCAAGAUAUACCUGUUCCAGUUUAUGCCACAGUCAAAGGCAGAGCUAGUCAAAUAAGAUCAAUGCCAUUUACUGGGGAUUCUACAGACGAUUCCAGCGAUGGAGAAGGAAAUAAUACUCAGGCUGUCGACGGUACAAAUACUCAUAGCAGAAGUUCUGGAGAAACUACUGGCUCGAGCCCUGGAAAACGAACUGCUUCUAGUAGCAGUGGAUCACCAAGCAAAAGUAAAACAAGAGAUAUUUCCUUUGAAUCUGGAUUAUCAGACGAUUAUGCUGUGCCUCCAGACGCUCUAAGUUGUGAUACUGCUAGCCUAGAAUCUUCUAUGAUGCUUCGAGCUUCCUAUUUAGACAGUCCUAAACGAAUAGAGAGUUUAGAAAAGUGUGGAUCUUUAGCUAAAUUAGGUGGUAAACUAAAAACGUGGCGAAAAAAAUGGUUUGUAUUAAAAAACGGCGUCCUAACUUACUACAAAAGCCAAAGUGAUAUCAAUAGAAAACCCCAAGGGCAAAUACUAUUAGAUGAAGUUUGUAAAAUUACCAGAGCAGAAGGCUCGAACACAUUUGAAAUUGAUACCGGCAAGAAAACCUAUUACUUAACGGCAGAUACGAUUACUGCUAUGGAAGACUGGGUGAGAAUUCUACAAAACGUGCAACGAAGAAACGCAACUAAAAUAUUACUGAGCAAAGAAGAAAAUAAGCCUUCGGUGCAAGGGUGGUUGACGAAAGUGAAAAAUGGCCACGCCAAGCGAUGUUGGUGUGUCUUGAUUGGGAAGAUGUUUUUGUAUUUCAAGUCACCAUCUGAUACGACUCCUCACGGACAAAUAAAUAUGAGAGAAGCCCGAGUAGAAGAAGUCGAACAUCUAUCAGAUUCCGACUCAGAAGAACGAGACUCUGAACAACCUGAUCUAACAAUAGGAAUAUUUCCCAACAAUUCCGGCCCCACGUAUCUGCUCUGUCCAGGCAAACAAGAAAAGGAUGCUUGGCUGUACCAUUUAACUGUGGCCAGCGGUGGUGGACCAAGCAGUGGAACCCAAUACGAACAAUUAAUACACAAACUAAUGGAAGUUGAUGGUGAUCCUAAUUGUGUUUUGUGGCGUCAUCCUGUAUUACUGCAUGUGCCUUGUACUAAAGAUGGUGCGGUGCCGUCCUAUUUUCCUUUAACAAGUCUUCCUACUGAAUCUUUACAAGCAGAAGCAAUUAAAUUGUUCAAAAGCUUACAACUUUUCCUGUCGGCUGCAGUUGACCAAGCAGGAAUCGAUUACCAUGUAGUCUUAGCUCAAAACGCCUUGCAGCAAUGUUUAGAUAUGCCAGAACUGCAAGCGGAACUUAUAUGCGCCCUCAUAAAGCAAACCAGCAAAAGUGUGCCUUUGCCCAAGCUAGGAGUGCAGCAAUUGCUGCUUUGCGCCACGCAAAGUCUGUUCUCGUGCGAAACGAACACGCCGAGCAUAAACAGUACAGCUUCCGAUGAUCAAAUCGCAUUGUCCAAUAUACAGGCCGCCCAAGAGGACAAGUACAGGGAGCACAAGGAGUGCUACAAAGAGCACAAGGAUCCCAAGGCGCCGCCCGUUUUCACUCUGUUGCAAGGCUGGCAACUGUUGGCCGUAGCUGUCAGCCUGUUUGUGCCGAAGUCUUCAAGGCUGUUGUGGUUUUUGAAGUUUCAUCUGCGAAGGAAUGCUGAUAACAGGACUGAGUGUGGGAAGUAUGCUGCUUAUUGCGAAAGGGCUUUGGAAAGGACUAUUGUAGCAGGUGGUCGUGAAUUGAAACCCAGCCGCAUGGAAGUCUUAAGUAUUUUGCUCAAAAACCCUCAACACCAUUCCUUACCUCACUCAAUGCCUGUCCAUUUAGCCAACGGUACCUAUCACAUUACUAGUUUCGAUGGUUCCACCACAAUUAAAGAAUUCCAAGACACUCUAGCACAUGAAAUCGGUUGUAGAAUGAACAACGGUUUUGCCCUAUUCAGUGAUGAUCCAAUUGAAAAAGAUUUAGAACACACUCUGGAUCCUAGUGCAAAACUUUGCGAUCUUAUUUCUAAAUGGGAGAUUGCUUUGAGGGAAAAAGGCAUGGGCAAAUUCGAAAACAGCAAAGUAAUCAGGUUGACUUACAAAAACCGAUUAUGGUGGAAAAACAGUGCAAGACUAGAAACUGACAAGGAACGUAUAUUAUUAAGCUAUCAAAUAAACAAGCAAAUUGUAGCUGGAAGAUUCCCUUUAAGCAGAGAAUUAGCAUUGGAAUUGGCUGCUUUAAUGGCUCAACUUGAUAUAGGCGACUGCCCUUUGGGCUCUAGCAAAGCUGCCAGUGCCAGCAACACUCUGGCCUCAAACAUCAAACAAAGUCCGUCAAAAUCAACAACCAACGGCACUUUUAGCCCUCCAGCCAUACAAAACUCGUCCACGUUAAGUGCUUUGAAUAACGUCCACGGAAUUUUAACGGCGCAUUCCAACCAGGCCCUUAAUGCCAUAGACAAGUUUUAUCCUUAUAGGUAUAGAGACCAACUAAGUCAAGAAGGAUUAGCUGAGCUACAAGCUAAGCUAUUAGCUAAGUGGAGGGCUUUGAAAGGCAGGACUCAAUUGGAUUGUGUUAGGAUUUAUUUGACUUGUACGAGAAAGUGGCCUUAUUUUGGUGCGACAUUGUUUCAGGCUCGUCUUCGUCAACAAGAUUCCCCAAUGAUAUGGCUUUCAGUAAACGAAGACUCAAUCACAGCUUUGGAUUUGGCAACAAUGCAACAACGCAACCGAUACCCUUAUACCAACGUCCUAACAUUUGGAGGAUGUCAAGAAGAUUUCAUGCUGGUUGUAACCCAAAACGACCAGCAACCGUCCCAGAAACUCAUCUUUACCCUUAGUAAACCAAAAAUUUUAGAACUAACAUUGUUGAUAGCUGACUACAUGAAUUUGCUGAUCAACAAUCCUGGGACCCCAUUGCUUGGUACACUUAGUCGAGGUACCAUGGUGUCAGUUAAUCAGUCAAUGGUCACUCAGUCUUUGGUCAAUAACCAAUCGCAGCCUGAUAUUUUGAAAUCGACGCCUGAUCAUGGUGUUCAACGGUGUGAGUCGAAACGUCGGACUCACGUUGAUUCGGGUUUAGCGUGAUACUCGAUUGAACAUGUGACUUGUAAAAGAUUGUAAAUAGGAAUUAUUUUUGUUUUUUGAGGUUUUUGGGCAGUGAUUUUUGACAGGGUGGCUCUAAAAAUAAUAUACAGGGUGUUGCAAAGACUCGGUGAUUAUAAAAGGUACCCAGAGGCAGUUGAAUUAGGGCAAAGUUACGCAAUGUAUUGCUCAUCAAAAUGCCAUUUCGAAAUUUGGAAUACUUCUGGAGAUACUCAGAAAUUUUGAUUAUCCGACAUUGCCUCACAAAAUCGCCCAUAACUCAAUUAAUAUCUUAGAAAUUCUGAUGCGUAUUUAUAUAUUUUGAAUCAGAAUUGAAUGCUCUUUAAGAUAAAAUAAAAUUGAAUUAUGUAUCUUACAUCGUUUUCGAGAUAUUGAGCCUCAAAGUUGAAACUUUGUCUCAAAUUCUAGAAAACCUUCAAAGCCAAAUAUCUUGAAAACGAAGCCCUAGGGCUCAGUGCCUCAAAGAACCUUUUUUGAAGCCCCAAUUGAGAUCUACACUUAGACAUUAUUUCGUGCCGAUUGUUCUGUGGUUUCUAAAAUAUGGCCCUUUAAAAUAUUUGAAAAUGAAAGUUCCUUGCAUAUACCCCUUGAAAAAAUUUAAAUUUUGAUUUUUCUCGAUUUUUUAAUUUUCGAUUUUACCAAUCGAAAGAGGGGGUCAAAUUUAGUAGAAAAGCAUUUCCGUGAUUUUUCUUUUCGAGUUUUUAAGGCUUGUGAAAAAUUAAAAAUGAUUUUUGCUUUUUAGGCCCUGAAAAAUUUUGAUUAUCCGACAUUGCCUCACAAAAACGCCCAUAACUCAAUUAAUAUCUUAGAAAUUCUAAUGCAUAUUUAUAUGUUCUGAAUCAGAAUUAAAUGCUCUUUGAAAUGAAAUAAAAUUUAAUUAUAUAUCUCACAUAGUUUUCGAGAUAUUGAGCCUCAAAGUUGAAAUUUUCUCUCAAAUUCUGGAAAACUUUCAAAGCCGAUUAUCUCAAAAACAAAGCCCUAGGGCUCGGUGCCCCAAAUAAUCUUUUUUGAAGUCCCAAUUGAGAUCUACACUUAGACAAAAUUUCGUGCCAAUUGCUUCUCUGGUUUCUAAAAUAUGGCUCUUUGAAAUAUUUGAAAAUGAAAUUUCCUUGCAUGCCCCUUAGAAAAAGUUCUAUUUUGAUUUUUCUCGAUUUCCUAAUUUUUGAUUUUACCAAUCGAAAGAGGGGGUUAAAUUUAGUGGAAAAACAUUUUUGUGAUUUUUCUUUUUGAGGUUUUAGGGUCUGUAAAAAAUUAAAAAUGAUUUUUGCUUUUUUUGCCCUGAGAAAUUUUGAUUAUUCAACAUUGCCUCACAAAAUCGCCCAUAAUUCAAUCUAAAUCUUAGAAAUUCUGAUGCAUAUGUACAUAUUCUGAAUCAGAAUUAAAUGCUCUUUAAGAUAAAGCAAAAUUGAAUUAUAUAUCUCACGUAGUUUUCGAGAUAUUGAGCCUCAAAGUUAAAACUUUGUCUCAAAUUCUGGAAAACCUUCAAAGCCAAUUAUCUCGAAAACGAAGCCCUAGGGCUCGGUGCCCCAAAUAACCGUUUUUGAAGCCCUAUUUGAGAUCUACGAUAAGACAAAAUUUGGUGCCGAUAGCUUUUUUAGUUUUCAAAAUAUGGACCUUCGAAAUAUUUGAGAAUUGAAUUUCCUUGCAUACCCCUUAGAAAAAUUUCAAGUUUGAUUUUUCUUGAUUUUUCAAUUUUUGAUUUUACCAAUCGAAAGAGGGGGUCAAAUUUAGUGAAAAAGCACUUUUAUGAUUUUUCUUCUCGAGUUUUUAGUAGGUACUUGUAAAAAAUUAAAAAUGAUUUUUGCUUUUUUUGCUCGGAGAAAUUUUGAUUAUCCGACAUUGCCUUACAAAAUCAUCCAUAACUCAAUUAGUAUCUCAGAAAUUCUGAUAAAUAUUUAUAUAUUCUGAAUCAAAAAUUAAUGUUCUUUAAGAUAAAACCAACUUGAAUCAACUAUCUCAAAUAGUUUUUGAGAUAUCGAGCCUCAAAGUUGAAAUUUUGUCUCAAAUUCUGGAAAACCUUCAAAGCCAAUUAUCUCAAAAACGAAGCCCUAGGGCUCGGUGCCCCAAAUAACCUUUUUUAAAGCCCCAAUUGAGAUCUACACUUAGACAUAAAUUCGUGUCGAUAUGGCCCUUUGAAAUAUUUGAAAAUGAAAGUUCCUUGCAUAUACCCCUUGAUAAAAUUUAAAUUUUGAUUUUUCUCGAUUUUUUAUUUUUCGAUUUUGCCAAUCAAAAGAGGGAGUCAAAUUUAGUGGAAAAGCAUCUUCAUAAUUUUUCUUUUCAAGUUUUUAAGGCUUGUGAAAAAUUAAAAAUGAUUUUUGCUUUUUUUGCCCUGAGAAAUUUUGAUUAUCCGACAUUGCCUCACAAAAUCACCCAUAACUCAAUUUAUAUCCUAGAAAUUCUGAGACAUAUUUAUAUAUUCUGAAUCAGAAUUGAAUGCUCUUCAAGAUAAAACAAAAUUAAAUCAUUUACCUCAGAUAGUUUUCGAAAUAUUGAGUAUAAGAACACAAAACCCAAGUUUAGUUGAUUUUCCUAUACAUUUUGACUUCAUCUAAUUACUUCACCAGAUCCAAAUUAAAAGUUCAAUAUUCUCAACAAUAAAUCAUAGAAAAUAUCACUAUAGAUUUCUCAUCAAAAAUCAAAAAUUCCAAAAACUCGUAGCUCUUUUUUUCCGAAAAUCCAUAGAGCAACAUUGCCCUUUUCACACAAUUCCCACAGUAUUUUUAUCAAUAAUAAACAGUUCCAGAAACAAUUUUGAGUUGGAAUUCCAGCUUUAGGAGAGUAAUGAGAAUUUUAAGCUUCUCAGAAUUUAGCUCGAAGCAGGUCCAAAAAUGAAAGUUUACACUGCUCAAUUUCCACUCUAAUUCAAAAAUAUCAGCUCUGAGAUUCACCAAUGAUAUUCUGGCUCUAUAAACAUGGUCAUUUUCAAAUCGCUCUAUUUGAACAGUAAUUCUGGAAUAUAGACAAAAGUUCAAUUUCAGCUCUACAAUAGAUGUAUAGCAUUUCAUUUUAUUUCAGCUUUUUCAACAUGUAAUUGAGAAAAUCUCACUUGCAAUUCAAAUAUUUCAAAUGUAAAACCUCACUUGUAAUAAUUAAGAUAAUUAACUUGUAAUUCAGAAAAUUUCAGUUGUAAUUCAGAAAAUUUCACUUGUAAUUCCGAUUUUUUAAAUGUAAUUCAAAUAAUCUCAUUUGUAAUUCAAAAAAUUUAUAGAAUAAUGUAAUUGAACAUCUUUUUGUUCACAGUUCAGAAACUCUAUAGCCUAUUUAUAUAUGUGCUACAUACGUAGGUUGCUGCUUAUAGUUAAUUUACAUAGUUUUAAAUUAUCUGAGAUUCAAAAUUGGGGCACUGAGAACCAGAGCGGACCACUGUAAGCUGAAUUACAUCUGAUUUCUGGUUUCUGGAAAGUGGGUUUCUAGUAGUACUGUGUUUUCGGAGAUAACGGUAUAUGUGCCAUCACUUCUCCUAAGACUACCCGGUUGCAUAAUAGGGUCUUUUGACAGAACUUUUUUAAGCCUAGAGGCGGUAGAGGUGGUUGGGACCUCGGUGCAAAAGUUCCUCCACAAACAACAAAGGUUAAUUGAUUUUCUUAAAAUUGUUCUAUCUCUUAACAGUAAUUCUGAGAUGGACAGAAGUCGCUUUUCUAGUUAAGAUUUCAGCCAGUUAUGAGAUUUUUAAAUUUUUCUCAGCUCUAACAAAUUCAAAAAAUUAUAUUUCCAAACUGCUCUUCGUCCACAAAAGUUCAAUUUCAGCUUCAGAGUUGAUUGCAAGUUCAAGUUUAAGCUUUAAUAGGUUUAAAAAGAGGUUUUCAAACUGCUCCGUUAGCUUUAACUAUAUUAAUCAAGAGUUCUAAAAUCUUGAUUACAGGUUUGUAGAGAAUUUAAUUGGUUUCAAGUUGAGCCUAAUUACAUUGAAAUCAGAUGGAAAUUAAUGGAGCUGUAAGGCAAAAACUGUCUCGGUGUAAUUUUUGGAAAAUUUUCAAUGUUUGAUAAAUUCAAUUUUAAAGCUUCUCAGGUGUAAAACUGUUGAAACCAAAUUAAAAUUUCAAUCAACAGGAUUGUUGAGAAUUUAAUUGGCUUCAAGUUGAACCUAAUUACGUUGAAAUCAGAUGGAAAUUGAUGAAGCUGUGAGGCUAAAACUGUCUUACUGUAAUUUUUGGAAAAUUUUGAAUGUUUGAUAAUAGCUCUGUUCCAACCGAUAUGAGAACCAUUCUGAAACGGUAAGUUCCAGUCCAUCAAUUCAUUUGUCAAGUAGAAUGAACAUUCAACUUAUUGAAAAAUAGAUGGGCAACUGGAACUUAUACUGGAUCUGAAACGGUUCUCAUGUCAGUUGGAACAGAGCUAAUAUAAAUUUUGAAGCUUUUCAGGUGUAAAACUGUUGGAACCAAAUUAAAAUAUUAAUCAACAGGUUUGUAGAGAAUUUAAUUGGUUUUAAGUUGAACCUUAUUACGAUGAAAUCAUAAGGAAAAUAAUGGAGCUGUGAGGUAAAAUCUGUCUUAUUGUCAUUUUUGGAAAAUUUUGAAUGUUUGAUAAUAGCUCUGUUCCAACCGACAUGAGAACCGUUCUAUAACGGUAAUUUCCAGUACAUCAAUUCAUUUGUCAAGUAGGAUGAACGUUCAACUUAUUGAAAAUUAGGUGGGCAACUGGAACUUACUGGUUCUGGAACAGUUCUCAUGUCGGUUGGAACAGAGCUAAUAUCAAUAUUGAAGUUUUUCAGGUGCAAAACUGUUGGAACCAAAUCAAAAUCUUAAUCAACAGGUAUGUAGAGAAUUUGAUUGGCUUCAAGUUGAGCCAAAUUACGUAGAAAUCAGAUGGAAAUUGACAGAGCUAUAAGGCAAAAAUUGUCUUAGUGUCAUUUUUGGAAAACUUUCAAUGUUUGAUAAAUUCAGUUUUGAAGCUUCUCAGGUGCAAAACUGUUGGAACCAAAUGGAAAUCUUAUUUAACAGGUUUGUAGAGAAUUUAAUUGGCUUUAAGUUGAGCCUAAUUACAUUGAAAUUAGAUGGAAAUUGAAGGCGCUGUGAGACAAAAACUGCCUCAGUGUCAUUUUUGGUAAAUUUUCAAUGUUUGAUAAAUUCAAUUUUCAUGCUUCUCAGGUGCAAAACUGUUGAAACCAAAUUAAAAUUUUAAUCAACAGGUUUGUAGUGACUUUAAUUGGCUUUUAGUUGAGCCUAAUUAAGUUGAAAUCAGAUGGAAAUUAAAGCAGCUGUAAGGCAAAAACUGUCUUACUGUCAUUUUUGAAAAAAAUUCAAAAACGCACCCAAAGCUAACUAAUUCAGUUUUUAUAGCUUACACUGGAAUCUUUCAAUAAAAAUCCAAAUAUAAAAUCUCAAUUUUUUCUGGCAAGGCUACGAAAAGGUGGCACAAAGACGAAACGUCGGAUUUUAAAUUUGAUAAUGCCAUAUUGUAGAGGAGAAAAAUUGUAAUUUUGUCCCAAUUUAACCGAUCACUGAGAUCCCUAUGCCGAAUUAGUGACACCCUGUAUAUUAUUAAAUUGGGAUAAAAACUCACCAACUCACUUUAGCAAUUAUUUUAGAUUAUUCAAAAACACUGCCCACUCGUAUAAUAAUUUUAUAAGUUUGCCUAUAAUAUUGUGAUUUUAAUUAAUUGUUUUAUUUAAAAAAAGUUGCUAUAGUGCCAGAACUAGGAUGUAGUUUAUUUAUUAAAAAUGUACAUAAUUAUUUAUUACAAAAAAUAAGCGAAUACAAUAAAUAAAAUACUUAUUAAUAUUGUAUUCGUCCUCAAUAUAUUAUUGUGUGAUUGACCAAAGUUUUUGUUUUUAGAUUUUUUAGCCAAAGAUUAGUAGCUCAUUAAACAAUUAUAUUUAGUACAUGAUUUAUGUGAGCAUGUGUCUUGACAAUAUUUCUUUAUAAAAAUUAUGUAAUGUUUUUUCAUUUUGACUUGUAAACUAA